UAGAUGCCCUUAUAUGGUCAAAACGAUUUCGCAAUACUUGGAGCAGCAACAAAACAUACACAAGACUUGGAUCAACUAACUUAUUUGGUCAACGAAAAAUACGGACAUUUUGCUCCCAACUUUUUAUACUUUUGAUGGGCAAUUGACGACACCUAAAACAAAAAAAAAGCAGACAAGACUCCAGUAACUCCAGUCUACAGGAGGGCGUCCAGACACCCAUUCAUCCAGAGUGCCACCCAACCAGCACGCCAGUCAUAGCAGACGGACAGCGAGGCGAGCGGUCAGCAGAUCCAAACCAAAUGAGCAAGAGGUCGCAGCAGACGAUAAACACGGAGCAGAACAGGGGGACUGUUAGUGUGAUCCAGGGCCAGGCUAGUGGAGCAACAACAACAACAACAGGAGGAAGCUUACAGCUGGUACCCCAGCUAGUCCCUGCCACCCCAGCCGAAGGAGGAGGAGGAGGCAAGGCCAAGAUGAAGAAGACGUCGGGGGACAAGGACAGUGACGAGUACCGCCAGCGACGGGAACGGAACAACCUGGCGGUUAAGAAGAGCAGGAUGAGAUCCAAGCAGAAGGCCCAGGACACGCAGCAACGUGUCAACGAGCUGAAAGAGGAGAACGAGAGGCUGGAGGCCAAGAUCAAGCUGCUCAGCAAAGAGCUGUCUGUCCUCAAGGACCUCUUCCUGGAACACGCCCACAACCUGGCCGACAACGUCCAAGCACCUGGCGCGGAGGGGGCCAGCCCCGCCCACAACAACAACAACAACAAUGGGGCGUGUAACAACAACAACAGCAGCCAGUGAGAAGAGGGGCAGGGACAUGAAAUAUGAUACCUCAUGGUUGAGUGCUUCCCAAACGGCACCCUAUUUUCCCCAUAGGGCCCUGGUCUAAAGUAGUGCACUAUGAAGGGAAUAGGGGGCCAUUUUGAGUCAACCAGGGUGAUGGUAAAUAGACAGCUCGCCACUGCUUCUUAGCCAUACUGGAGUUUCUUCCUCUGGCUCCUCCCAGAGAUGAUAUAUACUGGCAGAGAGAUUUCACUGUUGUCUUCUUUGUGCGUUCAGAUUGGUUCACAAUGAUGAGAUUUCUUCUUCUUUUUUCUUUUUUAAGAGUUUCAGGAAUUGUCCACUUUUUUUUUUUUUUUUUUUUUUUUUUUUUUUACAAUUUGAAGACAUUUCUAAAGAGACCCUGUUGAGUCACAAGAUAAACUAUUCACCAGUUAAGAUGAUGAUGUGGGUGAGGGGGAAAGUAUAUAUUUUAUUAUUUUGGGUUUCUUGUUCCUUUUUUAAAAGAAUGUUUGGUGAACUAGCUACCAUUUUUUUGUCUGGCGUUUUUAGUAUUGUCAGUACAUUCACUACGGUUGAAGUUAAUCAGAAUGAUGCCUGUUUUAAUUUUUUUUGGAAUGUGUCUAUAGGCUUCAGAUAUGCACACGUUGUACAUUUUUUUUUUUUUAACUAUAUAUAUAUUUUGUUGUUGUGUCCUAAUCGAAUGGCUUUACUUCUGCUUUGAGCUGUUUUGGGUAGAAGAGGACUGUAAAUAUCAAGAGUCAAAGAGGAUUGGCCCCAAAGCCUAACUUAAGAUCAGAACGCUUAAACCUUUUUUUUUCUUCUUUUUGCUCAAGACGUGUUGUGUUGUUGACGUCAAAUGGGAGCUUUUCAUAAUCUUAGGUUAGGUUAGGUUUCAGGCCUGUGUGAGAUACAGUCAGUCGCUGUGUUUAUUUACCCAUAGUUCCAACAGGCCUCAGACCAGCCCUUCCAGUCAGAGACCCAGACGGACAGAGGUGCCGUCUCAAACCUAGACGGUGCACUAGUUUCGACCCCUAUGUGGCACUGCUCAAAAGAAAAGGUUUCAAAUGUAGUUCGCUAAAUAAGGAAUUAGGGUGCCAUUUGGGAUACAGGGUGGGGGGGCAGAGGUGUGUUCGGGGGGGUGUUUGCAGUUAAGGAGUGUCCCAGCCCAGACUAUCAUGCAACCUCCGUGGGAUUAAACUCCAGACGUUUCGCACUGCGUCACAGGCCGCCGCUAAUUAAAAGUUGAGCCUUUCUCCAAACCAACCCUAAAAACCUGGAGAGAAAGACCGAACAACAGGACAAUGAGCCAUUCUGUCUGUCUGGGCGUUGGGGAUGCUAAAUGACUUCCUAAUUGGCCCCGGCUCGCUAGAACAGAGCCGAGGCACGUUGGCUCCCGCCUCCAGUGGUGUCAGGCUCAGUAGGAGGCUCAGUCGGAGGCUCAGUCAGAGUCAGAAUGUGUAGAGAGAAAGUCAGGCUCAGUAGGAGGCUCAGUAGGAGGCUCAGUAGGAGGCUCAGUCGGAGGCUCAGUCAGAGUCAGAAUGUGUAGAGAGAAAGUCAGGCUCAGUCGGAGGCUCAGUCGGAGGCUCAGUCGGAGUCAGAAUGUGUAGAGAGAAAGGCAGGCUCAGUCGGAGGCUCAGUCAGUCAGAAUGUGUAGAGAGAAAGGCAGACACCUGAUUUUUUUUUUUUUUGUGUGUGUGUUUUUUGUUUCUGUUGUCAGACUUGAGUUAUUAUCCAGCUGUAGGAUUGUCUCCUCUGAAACAACGGCAUAUUCUGAUGUUAUGAGGAAGACUAUGAUGAUGAUGUGUAUUUGGCCAGAGGUGUCGACGUUGUCUGCUGAGGGUCUGUGAUUUAUAGGAUGCGUCCCCAAUGGCACCCUGUCCCCGAUUUUUUUUUUUUUUAAUAGUGCACUACUUUUUGAGUAGAGCCUUGUCAACAGGCAGUGCACUAUAUAUAACAUCUAGGGUGCCUCAUGGCUGUUGUAGACUUCUGUACCUCAGGCUACCAGUAUUAGCCACACCAGACAGGGCCUUUUUCUUUCUCAACAAGACCUCUGAAGCAUCUUUUCAAAUGUUUUUUGUUUGUUUUUGUAAUCUGUGUUUUUCUACAACUUGGAUUUUUUAAAAGCAGCAUGAUGGAAGUGGUUUGCAUGGGGGGGGGGGCACUGUUCAAAUAUGUCUUCUUUUUUUUUUGCAUAAAAGAGAAACAAUAGAAAAUAUGGGCAUAUUGAAACUAUUCUCUUCAACAUGUUGUGCUGUUGUUGUUGAACAGAAGACUAGACACUAAAAUGAAAAUAAUGUCUGAAAUUCAAUAGAAAAAUAUUUUGUAAAAUGUGACAAAUUUGAUAAAUAUUUCCAUUAAUAUUUGUUUUGGUUUGAAUGUUGCUGGGCAGCAUUUUCUCUUAGCUAGACUUGCUCUUUUUUUAUAAGAUUAUAUUGGGGUAACGUGCAUUUGUAAAUUAAAAUUGAGUACAAACUUUCAA